GUCUUGGCAUGUGGCCCAGGGACUUGGAACCGAGUGGAAAAAAAGACCAGAGGACUGUGCUUCUAAAUGGAAUGUUGGAUGUAAGCCACAUUUUGUCACUCUUCACUCACCCUUUCUCUUCAGUCAUGUCAGGGCUCUACCCUUUGCAGUUCAGACAUUGGUGCUAGUUUCCCCUUCUGUGCCAAAGAGCAGGGAAAAGAGGCCUGGAGAAGGGAAAUGCUUGUGCUUGGGGAGGACGAACACCGUUAGCCUUCACUGAAGUCAUUCUCUGUAUCAUGGUUCUGUCCCUCAAUCUAUUAGUCUCUGUACUUGGAGGGUAGGGACAGUGUCUUCUCUUUUGCGUCCCCAAGGUUCCAACAUAGGUCAAUAAAUACUUGCUGAACAAAUGAGUAACUAAACAAAGGAGCAAUCAGGUUGCCUGGAUGGUGGUUCUUGGAUCUGAGAAGAUGGUGAAGGAAAGAGGGUGCAAAGUUUUGGCGCAUUUGGAGAAGGUGGCUCCAGUGACAGGUGGAGAAAAGACAGGAAAAAGGACUGUUGAAGAUGACAGUGCUGCAGACGCCAAUGGAGAAGAGAAUGAUGAACGGGGAAAUUAUUCUAAAAGAAAGAUAGUCUCUAACUGGGGUCGAUAUCAAGAUACUGAAAAAGAGGUCAAUAAUGAAAGUGGAGAAUCUCAGAGGGGGACGGAUUUCAGUGUUCUUCUCAGCUCUGCAGGGGACUCCUUCUCACAGUUCCGGUUUGCCGAGGAGAAAGAGUGGGAUGGCGAAGCUUCGUGUCCAAAGCAGAAUUCAGCAUUUUACGUGGACUGUGAGUCAUUGGUUCAAGCCCUUCAAGAACUGCCUCUCUCACUCCGACUCAAUGUCGCUGCCGAGUUGGUCCAGAGUGCCCUGCCUUUAGAGGUUCCUCAGGUGAAACCAAAGAGAAAUGAUGAAGGCACGGGACUAGGGAAGCCGUUCAAAGGGCCCUUGGGGCCUGGAGGAAGGGGGUCCAUCUCCACGCUGAAGUCUGCUGCUGCUGGCUGUCCCAUGGACCUGGGUAAAGCCAGCCCAAGUCAGGGUCCUUCAGCGAGUUCUCAGAAACCCACUUCCCCACUGCAGUCAGCAGCAGACCACCUGGAAGAGGAAUUAGAUCUGCUGCUUAAUUUAGAUGCGCCCGUCAAAGCGGCAGAUAACAUCUUACCAGACCAGACACCGCAGGACCUGGAAUCCAAGAAAGAUGGGGAGGUGGCCCAAGAAGAAGAAGUUCUCGCGAAAGCAUCUGUGAUGGAAGAAAAGAACAUGGAAUCGGAGCAACCAAGUACAUCCAAAAAUGUUACCGAGGAAGAACUUGAAGAUUGGUUGGACAGCAUGAUUUCCUAACAAAAAAAAAAAGAGGAAAAAAGUGCCUGCAGCGAAUGUUGGUUUCCUCUUAAGGGUAAGGGCGGGUCCACGGUCCUCUAAGAACUGCUGAUUGACAAGCAUGCCCCAAGCCAGUGUGCUCCAUCCUGCUUACCGCAGAGAGCUACCUCUAUGUUUGACUGCAUCCAAAUAGUACAUUUAAGAGGCUUGUUGCAUUUGUUCUCUGGCCUUGUAACCUCUAGGGCAGGGGAUGUUAUGACGCUCAUUUCCAGCCUCCUUCCUUUCUGUUCACAGCAGCAGAGCAAGUGCUGCUGAUACAGAGAACAGGAGCCAGCAACAGGCAUGCAUAUGGCCACAAUAAACAAAGGCUGGCCUACGGA